GAACGUCCAGCUUUCAAUAUCAAGUAAAGAAGAGUCGACUUCUCGUGGGACUAUUGUAUUGUUUGCUUGUUGCCGGGUAGAUUUGUGAGGCAGGACAGGAGGAAGAGGGGCUGCUUAUCGAUCGGUUAGGGGGAUCCAUCGUCAUGGCGUCCGCUCCGGCAGGAAGCGGGCCGGCGUUCUCCAUCCGACGGAUUCUGGACCUGGACCUGGACCUGGACCUGGACCUGGACCUGGAGGGACCGGGAAGCGGUCUGAAGCUGCACCGGCCCUGGACAGAGACCCGGGCUGAGAAGGAGAACAGAGGAGCGUGCUCUCAACAUCUUCAUCAUCAUCAUCAUCAUCAUCAUCUUCAUCCUCAGCAGCUGAACUCUUCCCGGCCGACAUCCAACUGGUACGUCGGACGCAGGCCGCGCACCGCCUUCACCAACGGCCAGGUGAACGUUCUGGAGACGGUGUUUCAGGUGAACUGCUACCCAGGGAUCCAGCUGAGGGAGCAGCUGGCUGCGAGACUGGACCUGGACGAGGACCGGAUACAGAUCUGGUUUCAGAACCGGCGGGCCAAGUUGAGACGUUCCCUCAGAGAAACCCGUCUGCAGCUGGUUCAGACGGCCGUGGCCGACCUCGGGGUCAGAGGUCGAGUGAAGGCCGAGCGGGCUGAGGAGGAGGAGGCGUGA